AUGGGAAAAAAGAAGCGCGGUCACCCCGAUGUUGAGGAGCUUCUCUCCCGAGCUUGGUGUUAUUAUUGCGAGAGAGAUUUUGAAGAUCUCAAAUUGUUGAUAUCUCACCAAAAAGCCAAACAUUUCAAGUGUGACCGCUGUGGCCGACGAUUGAAUACGGCUGGAGGUCUUUCGGUUCAUAUGAAUCAAGUGCACAAAGAGUCGCUGUCGUCAGUCGAGAAUGCGUUGCCUAAUCGACAAGGUCUCGAUGUCGAGAUCUUCGGUAUGGAAGGUAUCCCGGAAGACAUUGUUCAACAACACAAUCAACGAAUUAUCCAGAAUUUCUACCAAGCCCAAGCUGAUCGAUACGCUGCGACGGGAAACCCCCCACCUGGUCAAAAUGGGAACGGCCCAGUUAAAAAACUCAAGAUCGAGACACCAGACGAGAUCAAGAAGCGGCUAGCAGAGCAUCGCGCAAGAGUUGCAGCUCAGAAAACGGCUAUUGGUGGUGGUAGCGCAGGUCAUACUCCCCGAGAGAACAGGCCUGACGGCCAAAGCCCUGCGCAAAGCGCGUCUCCCGGCGCAUUUAAUUCACCCUUCCCUCCUCCCGGCGGCCAAUACCCGGCAUUCCCUGCACAAUCCGUUCCUGGUUACUCACCCCCUCCGCAAUACCCCGGCGCGUAUCCUCCACCGAACCUACCGUCGCGGCCCGGAAGCAACCUUACUGCGCCUCACGGUUUACCCCCGCGCCCUGGACAGCCAGGCUGGCAAGGAAGUGCUUCCACUAUUGAUGAGCUAGUGUCAGGUGCUGCACAGGAAGGCGAUGAGAUCGAUCAACUGAUCAGGAUGGCCGAGGCUAGGAUCAAGCCUCCGAAGAAACCCGAGACCCCAACUGCUGCGGAGCCAGCUGAGGGGGCAGAGAAGAAGUCAAAGAAGGAGAAGGACAAGAACGUCAAGAUGAUAUACGACGACGAACUCAGUCCGGAGGAGCGAAUGGCACAAAUGCCGAGAUACGCAUUCGCCGUCGAAGCCGGAGCUUAG